GACAGCCCGUCUGAAGACAGGAAUGACCUAAAGGUGUCCCCCACCCUGGGCAAGAGGAAGAAGCGGCGGCACAGGACAGUUUUCACUGCUCACCAGCUGGAAGAGCUGGAGAAGGCGUUCAGCGAGGCCCACUACCCUGAUGUGUAUGCCCGAGAAAUGCUGGCUGUGAAAACUGAGCUCCCUGAAGACCGGAUACAGGUCUGGUUUCAAAACCGCAGGGCCAAGUGGCGCAAGCGGGAGAAGCGCUGGGGCGGCAGCAGCGUGAUGGCCGAGUACGGGCUGUACGGGGCCAUGGUGCGCCACUGCAUUCCGCUGCCCGACUCCGUGCUCAACUCCACCGAGGGUGGCCUGCUGGGCUCCUGCGCGCCCUGGCUCCUGGGGAUGCAUAAAAAAUCCAUGGGGAUGAUAAGGAAGCCAGGAAGUGAAGAUAAGUUGGCAGGACUCUGGGGCUCUGACCACUUCAAAGAAGGUUCUAGCCAGAGUGAGUCAGGACCACAGAGAGGCUCGGAUAAAGUGAGCCCUGAGCAUGGCUUGGAAGAUGUGGCUAUCGACCUCUCCAGCUCUGCCCGGCAGGAGACCAAGAAAGUGCACCCUGGGGCUGGUGCUCAAGGAGGCUCCAACUCCAUGGCACUGGAGGGGCCCCAGCCAGGGAAAGUGGGAGCCGUAUGAGACCCACAGGUCCCACCGUCAAAGGCUGAAAAUGUGCAUAUUCCUCACUGGCAUUUUCCAAAAGAUAAAAAUGGUCCAAGACAUAUACUCUCAGUUUGAUUUUCUUCUGACACUGUCAAGAUAAAAUGCAAUGCCACUUGCUUUAAGAGGACAGAUGAGUGACCUAGGGAAAAUUCUAUUUCAUUCUAGAAUGGAAAUGGUUCCUUAAUGGCACUUUAACCAAUUAAUUUGGUGCAAAACUUUUGAUUCUCUUUUGUAGCUUGAGCAGGGGGGCCCGAAGUUCAAAAAUGAUUUCACUGCUGGGCAUCAUUUGAGAUGUGUGGUUCAAUGUGCUAUACAGAUGAACAGGUUAGGUCUGAUGUCCUCAUUCUCAAUUAGGAAAUAUAAAAUUCUUUAAUCUCCAGAAGAAUCUGAUAUCAUUAUAGUGAAGACUCCAUACAGACACAUGAAUGAAUUAUAUUGUCUUUACCUUGAACUUGGCCUUGGAUAUUUCAAUUUUCUUGUUACGGGGUAAUUUACGUUUUCCUGAGUGUCACUUGAUAGGCUAUUUAUAUUGGAACUCAAAGAAAGCCAUACUCUGGGCGCUUCUGCAUUUCCUUCAAAAAUAGCAUGGGAUCACAUUUAAACAAUUGUUGGAUAGCUGGAAACAGUGUUUUUAGGUCAGACCAGGCUUUUGGUCUUUUACAAUUUUUGAUUGAAAGCACUUUAGUGACUUGGAUUUUGUAAAUGUUUCCUUUCCUGCAUUUCCUUUGCCAUUUCUUUAUUAUUUAAAAAUAAACAUUUUGUGGUGUGUUUGCUUCUCAAGGCACUCCCUCUAUUACACACAUACACAUCUCCACUAUCUCUGAUCCCAGUCAGGCUCUCCCUUCACCCCUUCUCAAUCUGGGGACACGUGACACAUUUUAUUUAUUCUUCAGGCUGCAGCUCUUAUCAUGUGUUGCUUUGUCAACUCCUCUGGGGCAGCAGCUGUGUCUGACUCACUCUUUGGAGUUCAGAGUCCAGAGAGAUACCUUCUAGUUGAUGGGAAAAUGUGGUGCUUCGUGAAGAAGGAAGGGCAGUGCAAGGAAAGUGUGGAGCUGCUCAUUGUGAGGGCUUUCUCUGGGAACUGGCACAGUGAUCUGUCAGGCCAGGCUUGGUGGUCCCAUCUCUGCAGGUAAGAAAACAGAAGCUCUCUCCCUUUGGCCAAUUUUUCUCAUUCUAUGCUAGUUCCAUACUGUUGGGAAAAUUAAACAUCACCAAUUCCUUUCUGUAGCAACAGAAAAUGAUGAGCCCUGUGUUCUUGUAUUAAUUCUGGCUACUAGAGAUCAUAACUGAGGCCUGAGACUGCAUCCAUAAUGAGCAGUUGGCAUGAACUCUGGAAGUUCUUCUGUCUUUCCUGUUUAAAGACAGCAGCCCUGGCUCCGGGCUCUGGGGCCACACAGGUUCUGCCUCCCAGAAGGUUCUCAACACGUUUCCUCAUGUUUACUCCUUGGUUGUUGCUUCCAUCCCUCUUCCUUAGCUUAUCCAGGAUUGAGUUUGGGAGAGGGAACCAGUAAGCUGUGCAACUUAUAUACAUCACACUUAGACAACACGGGCAGCCACUAAAAUUGUAACAGUAAGCCGUAUUUAUUAAUGUGAAGUGAUGCUGACAAAAUAUUGCUGAGUAAAAAAAUCCCUAAA